AUGACCGUCAUCGUUAGAGUCACCGUAAUCAUUACUCUUACUUUUUCCGUCACCAUUACUGUCAUCGUUACUAUUACCAUCACCGUUACUGUAGUCGUGACCGUCACCGUGAUUGUGACCGUUACCGCCACCGUCAUCGUUAUCGUUACUAUUACCGUGACCAUGAUUGUGACCGUUACCGUCAAUGUGACUGUGACCGUUACCACCACGGUCACCGUUACCGUUACCUUUAGUGUCAUCAUCACCAUAACUGUUACCAUCACCGUGACCGUUAUCAUCAUCGUCAUAGUCAUCGUUACCGUCACCCUCACCAUCACCGUUACCAUCAUCGUGAUUGUGACUGUUAUCGCCACUAUCACCGUUGCCAUCAUUGUUACCAUGACCGUGACCAUUACUGUCACUGUGACCGUUACUGCCAUCGUCACUGUCAUUAUUAACGUUUUCUUUAGUGUCAUCGUCACCGUAACCUUUUCCAUCACCGUAACCAUGACUGUGACCGUUACUGUCACCGUCAUUGUCAUCGUUACCAUCACUGUCACCGUUAUCGUCAUCGUUGUUGUUACUAUUAUCGUUACCAUUACCAUCACCGUCACCGUCAAUGUCAUCGUCACCAUCAUUGUUAUCAUCACUGUGACCGUCACCAUUACCGUUAUCGUUACCAUCACCAUCACAGUCACCAUUACCGUCACCGUCACCAUUAUCAUUACCAACACCGUUAUCGUUAUAGUUAACGUUACCAUUACUGUUACCGUCUUCGAUACAAUUAUCAUCACCGUUACCAUUACUGGUACCGUCUUCAAUACUGUUAUCGUCACCGUUACCGUCAUCAUGACAAUUAUUGUCACCCUUACCGUUAUCGUUAUUGUUACCGUUACUGUUACAAUUAUCGUCACGAUUAUCAUCAAUAUCACCAUUACCAUCACUAUUAUCAUCAAUAUCACUGUUACCAUCACUAUUGUCGUUACCAUCACUGUUAUCGUUACCAUUGUCAUUACCAUUACCGUAAUUGUGAUCGUUAUCGUCACCAUUACCGUUAUCGUGACCGUGACCGUUAUCGUUAUUGUUAAAGUUACCGUCACUGUUACCGUUACUAUCACUGUUACCAUCACUAUUACUGUCAAUGUCAUCGUUACCAUUACCGUCACCAUUACCCUUCCCAUCACCAUUACCGUUACCGUUAUAGUCUCUGUUACCAUCAUCAUUAUCGUUACCGUUAUUGUUUCUGUUAAUAUUACUAUCACCAUUACCGUUACUUUAAUCGUUAUUGUUAUUCUUUAA